AUAACCAUGUCAAUGCUCGCCGUCCACCUCGAGCAGAUCGCCAUCUCCUGCGAGGGCAUCGACUCGCUCCCCUUCCCACCCCCCAAAAUCUUCACAAACGCAAUGCUCUACAACACCGACAUCACCUCCCUAAUCCGCGACACCGAAGCCCACGAACGUGCCCUCUUCUCCGUGCCCCCACCCCCACCACCACCAACAACAUCCUCCUCCUCUUCCCAUACGCAAGACGCCGCGAAACCCACCACCUCCCGCCGUCAAACCGUCUUCAACGUCGCUUCGGGCGAAGUCACAACCGGCCCACCACCAGGAACCUCCCGCGCAGCAGGCGGCAGCGGCCUAGGCGGACCCCGCCGCCACACCGCUGUCUCCGCCGUCCUCGGAGGCGACCUUCACGCCCAGCUGCGCCGCGGCGAGCGCCAGGCCGCCAGUAAAGGAGGCGAUGUUGACGUCGAGGUGCUCUUGCAGGGCGCGACGAAGCUGUGCGGCGUGUAUGCUCUCCCUGGCGCGCUCGAGCGGAUCCCGCAGCUGAGGUCGCGGUACGCGCACCAGACGAAUACGCUGGCGUACUACGAGGCCAAGGUUGCUGAGAACCAGGCUGCGGUGGAGAGGAUGAAUAAGGAUCACUGGAUGGGGGAGGGGGAUGAUGAGCAGUUUGACGAGGAGGAGGAUGAGGAGGAGGAGGUGGUGGGCGAGGAUGUCAUGACGGAAGAGGAUUUGCGGGCCGAGGAGGAGUUUGUGAGGGAGCUCGAUAAGAAGAAACGGGAGCUGCAGCAGCGGUUGCGGGCGAUGGAGAAGGAUCUAGGAGCGUUGCUAAACAUGUGAGGGGGCAAAGGGAGAGAUACAUUAAACGAGGGCGUUUCUACCACGGUUGUUUUACGAAAUGAUACCCCCCAAAAUUCAAACAAACUCCAUCACGACCCAAGGUAUCCUACACUCGAUUCACUUCCGUGUGUCCUGAACCUCAACAUGAGAGCCCAUCCUGCCCACCAGCCGCCCUCCCACCCCUCUCCCUCGCCGCAACAAUCUGUCCCAAAAACUCACCCACCUCCUGCGCGCCCCCAACCUCGUACUUAUCCUCAAUCACAAAAUGCGGCACCCCCCUCACCCCCAUCCGAUACGCAUCCUCCACCUGCUUAUCAACCUCCUCCCCUCCCUUGCCC